UGAUCCUGAUCUCCACGUUGCCGGCUGAACCUCGGGCAGUAUACGGACUUCCACGCCAGCCUCGGACUCUGACCGCGUCGUAGUCACCUCACCCCCCCCGGCGGGAGGAUCUAAAUUCUCGAUUCCGAGAACCUUACGAGAGAGGCGGCGCGAGGACUCCCCAGGCAGCAAAGGAAGUCCAGAGGCAGCAAAGUUGGCAGAUUUCCCUCUUUGCUUGUGAGUCAUGGCAGCUCCCAUGAAGGGCCAAGUGUGCGUGGUGACUGGGGCUUCCAGGGGUAUUGGCCGCGGCAUCGCCUUGCAGCUCUGCCAAGCUGGUGCCACAGUGUACAUCACUGGCCGUCAUCUGGACACGCUGCAGGUCACUGCUCAGGAGGCGCAAUCCCGAGGGGGCCGCUGUGUGCCGGUGGUGUGUGAUUCAAGCCAGGAGAGUCAAGUGCAAAGCCUAUUUGAGCAAGUGAAUGAGGAACAGGGCCGUCUGGACGUGCUGGUCAACAAUGCCUAUGCUGGAGUCCAGGCAAUCCUGACCAAUGCUAAGAAGCCAUUCUGGGAAAGCCCCGCCUCCUUGUGGGAUGAUAUAAACAACGUGGGACUCAGAGGCCACUACUUGUGCUCGGUGUAUGGGGCGCGGCUGAUGGUACCAGCUGGCCGAGGGCUCAUCGUGGUCAUCUCCUCAGCUGGGGGGUUGCAGUAUCUCUUCAAUGUUUCCUAUGGUGUGGGCAAAGCUGCGUGUGACAGGCUCGCUGCUGACUGUGCCCAGGAGCUGCGGCGCCACGGGGUCAGCUACGUGUCUCUGUGGCCAGGGUUGGUGCAGACAGAACUGCUGAAGGAUCACUUGAUGAAGGAUGACAACACUGAGGAUUCCCUGUUUAAUCUGGUCAGAAAUCGCUUCUCAUCCGCAGAGACCACAGAAAUGAGUGGCAAAUGUGUGGUAGCUUUGGCAACAGACCCCAAUAUCCUGAGCCUGAGUGGGAAGGUCCUGCCGUCCUGUGACCUUGCUCGACGCUAUGGCCUUCGGGACGUGGAUGGCCACCCCGUUGAUGACUAUUUCUCUUUGAGUUCCGUUCUCACCCGUGUCUCCAGCCUGGGCUGGCUGGCCUCCUUCUUGCCCAGCUUUCUCCGUGUGCCCAAGUGGAUUUUGACCCUCUACACCAGCAAGUUCUAAACCUGCUGGCCUGAUGUCACAACUCUGCUCGUCUUCUCAUUCAGGCUGGGUGGUUGGCCUGUCUCAGUGGAACGUGGCGGCUUUCCUGCCUGCCACAUGCCCGUGAUAGGAAGAGAAGGCCUCUGCUGUGUCCUGGGGGAGCCUUGAGGCCCUUAAAGGUUCAUCUGUGUUUCUUGGUCUUCCUUGCUCCUACAGUUUACUUUUUGCCUUAGUAUUGAAAAAUUCUCUGGGGACUAAUAAAGGUCUUAUUUCUUCUUUAA